CGGGCCGGGCCGCCGGGAGGGAGGGGAGGAGGGGCGGGCGCGGGGAGGGAGGGGGGCGAGGCGGCGGCGGCGGCGGCGCGGCGAGCUCGCCGCUCUUUCCUGAGUGUGCCUGCGCGCGAGCCGAAGAGCGGCGCGCGGGCGGCCCGAGCCUCGGCGGCAGCGGCGGCAGCGGCGGCGGCGGCGCUGACACCUCCCACCAUGGACAGCUUCGACUUAGCCCUGCUCCAGGAAUGGGACCUCGAGUCGCUGUGGGGUGAAGACAUCUUAAACCAGAGGAAUGACUCUCUAGUUGUGGAAUUUCAGUCAUCAGCCAGCAGAUGCAGGAGUGUCUAUGAACCAGACAGAAAUGUGUUACGGAGGAAAGAACGAGAAAGAAGAAAUCAGGAAACUCAGCAAGAUGAUGGCACGUUUAAUUCGAGUUACUCCCUCUUCAGUGAACCUUACAAGACGAACAAGGGGGAUGAGCUCUCCAACCGGAUCCAGAAUACUUUAGGCAAUUACGAUGAAAUGAAAGACUUUUUAACUGAUAGAUCUAAUCAGAGUCAUCUCGUGGGUGUUCCCAAACCUGGGGUUCCUCAGGCUCCUGUGAACAAGAUCGAUGAACAUUUUGUUGCAGAUUCAAGAGCCCAGACCCAGCCCUCAUCUGUCUGUAGCACAGCUUCUUCCACACCAGCAGCUGUCCCCACGCAGCAGAGUAAGAGGGGCACCAUGGGCUGGCAGAAGGCUGGGCACCCGCCAUCAGAUGGCCAACAGAGAGCAAGUAAGCACGGACACAGAUUGCUUGAUUUGAACAGAUCUGCUAACCCAAAGAACCAUAAUAAAAAACCUAACCAGUCUGUGUCGAGCCCCUCAUCCUCAUCUUCCUCUUCUUCUUCCUCUUCUUCUUCCUCUUCUUCUUCCAACUCAGCACAACAAGGCUCUCUCAGGACCUUGCUUGGAGAUGGUGUUGGCAGACAGCAGCCACGAGCCAAACAAGUGUGCAAUGUAGAGGUGGGUCUUCAGACCCAGGAAAGGCCACCUGCUAUGGCAGCCAAGCACAGCAGCAGCGGACACUGUGUUCAGAACUUUCCUCCAUCCCUUGCUUCAAAACCCAGUCUGGUCCAGCAGAAACCCACCGCAUAUGUGCGGCCAAUGGACGGCCAAGAUCAGGCUCCUGAUGAGUCUCCAAAACUUAAAUCAUCCACAGAAACCAGUGUGCACUGCACGUCGUACAGGGGAGUUGCAGCCACCAAGCCAGAGUCCGCCAGAGCCAAGGCCAAGCUUUCCAAGUUCAGCAUCCCCAAACAAGGAGAGGAGAGUAGAUCUGGAGACACAAACAGCUGUGUUGAAGAAAUAAUUCGGGAGAUGACCUGGCUCCCACCACUUUCUGCGAUUCCAGCACCUGGCAAAGUGGAACCAAGCAAAUUUCCAUUUCCAAAUAAGGACUCUCAGCUUGUUUCCUCUGGACACAAUAAUCCAAAGAAAGGUGAUGCUGAGCCAGAGAGUCCAGACAAUGGUACAUCGAAUACAUCCUCUCUGGAAUGGUUAUCCCCAUUUACAGAUAAGGGAAAUGAUGCACAGAGAGGAAUGCUAGAAGAUGACCUUAAGCUAAGUAGUGAUGAAGAGGAGAAUGAGCAGCAGGCAGCCCAGAGAACAGCUCUCCACGCUCUGUCUGACAGCGCCGUGGUCCAGCAGGCCAACUGCAGAGCCUCCGUGCCUUCCAGCAAGGGCAGCAGCAGCGGCAGCAGCAGCAGCGGCAGCAGCUCGUCCAGUGACUCAGAGAGCAGCUCUGGAUCUGACUCGGAGACCGAGAGCAGUUCCAGCGAGAGUGAGGGCAGCAAGCCUCCCCACUACUCCAGCCCUGAGGCUGAACCAGCGUCUUCUAACAAGUGGCAGCUGGAUAAAUGGCUAAACAAAGUUAAUCCCCACAAGCCACCUAUUCUGAUCCAAAAUGAAAGCCACGGGCCAGAGAGCAAUCAAUACUACACUCCAGCAAAAGAGGAAGUGCAGGACUGUGGGAAACUUCCCAACGUUUGCCAAACCAGCCUGAGAGAGAAGGACAUCAAGAGCGCCUGCAAGGAGGAGCAGAGGCCAAGGACAGCGAACAAGGCCCCAGGGAGUAAAGGAGUGAAGCAGAAGUCCCCUCCUGCAGCCGUGGCCGUGGCCGUGACUGCAGCUGCCCAGCCGCCCGCCGUGCCUGGCGCGCCUACCGAGAGCGUGCCCGCGCCCACCCGGAGGUCUGCGGGAAAGAAGCCCACCAGGCGCACCGAGAGGACCUCCGCUGGCGACAGCACCAACUGCCACCGGCCCGAGGAGCCCGCAGCCGCGGACACGCUGGGAGCGAGCGUGGUGAUCCCUCCAGAGCCCACCAAAACCAGACCCUGCGGCAACAGCAGAACGAGCCACCGCAAGGAGCUGCGCUCCUCGGUGACCUGUGAGAAGCGCCGCACACGGGGGCUAAGCAGGAUCGUCCCCAAAUCCAAGGAGUUCAUAGAAACAGAGUCGUCAUCUUCCUCCUCCUCCUCGGACUCGGACCUGGAGUCAGAGCAGGAGGAGUACCCUCUGUCCAAAGCGCAGGCCGUGGCCGCUGCUGCUGCCGCCUCCUCUGGGAAUGACCAGAGGCUGAAGGAAGCAGCUGGCAGCAUCAGCAGUGGCGGCGGCCCCCGGGCCCCUGUAGGCUCCAUCAACGCCAGGACCACCAGUGAUAUUGCCAAGGAGCUGGAGGAGCAGUUCUACACACUGGUCCCUUUCGGGCGCAAUGAACUUCUCUCCCCCUUAAAGGAUAGUGAUGAAGUCAGGUCUCUCUGGGUCAAAAUUGACCUGACCCUCCUGUCCAGAAUCCCAGAACACCUGCCCCAGGAGCCUGGGGUCUUGAAUGCCCCUGCAGCCAAGGAUGCUGAGAGCACACAGGCAAGCCAUCCAUCUGACACUCCAGCCGAAAAGGCUUUGCCAAAAUCCAAGAGGAAACGCAAGUGUGACAAUGAAGACGACUACAGGGAGGUCAAGAAGGCCCAAGGAGAAAAAGACAGCUCUUCACGACUGACUGCCUCUGCCAAUAAUACUUUACCUGCAAACCACUGCAGCAUGAAUAUCAACAGCUUGGCAAUACCAAUAAAUAAAAAUGAAAAAAUGCUCCGGUCACCCAUCUCACCCCUCUCGGAUGCAUCUAAACACAAAUAUUCCAGCGAGGACUUAACUUCUUCCAGCAGAUCAAAUGGCAGUGGCUUGUUCACUUCUGCCUCCUCCAACAAAAAGCAUAAGGCUGAGAACCAGCUGCAGUCUCACGCCGGAGACCUCACGAAGGCCGCUCACAACAAUUCCGAAAACGUUCUCCACAAGUCACGGCCACAGACAGAGCCAUGGUCUCCAGGUACCAAUGGCCACAGGGACUGCAAGAGGCAGAAACUUGUCUUCGAUGAUAUGCCACGCAGUGCAGAUUAUUUUAUGCAAGAAGCUAAACGGAUGAAGCAUAAAGCAGAUGCAAUGGUGGAAAAGUUUGGAAAGGCUUUGAACUAUGCUGAAGCAGCUUUGUCAUUUAUUGAGUGUGGAAACGCAAUGGAACAAGGCCCGAUGGAAUCCAAAUCUCCUUAUACAAUGUAUUCGGAAACAGUAGAGCUCAUCAGGUAUGCUAUGAGACUAAAAACCCAUUCAGGCCCCAAUGCAACACCAGAGGACAAACAAUUGGCUGCAUUAUGUUACCGCUGCCUGGCUCUCCUGUACUGGCGGAUGUUUCGGCUCAAAAGAGACCACGCUGUGAAGUAUUCAAAAGCACUUAUCGACUAUUUCAAGAAUUCAUCUAAAGCUGCCCAAGCCCCAUCUCCAUGGGGGGCCAGUGGAAAGAGCACUGGAACCCCAUCCCCUAUGUCUCCCAACCCCUCCCCGACCAGCUCUGUGGGAUCUCAGGGGAGCCUCUCCAAUGCCAACGCCCUGUCCCCUUCAACCAUCGUCAGCAUCCCACAGCGCAUCCACCAGAUGGCAGCCAAUCACGUCAGCAUCACCAACAGCAUCCUCCACAGCUAUGACUACUGGGAGAUGGCAGACAACCUGGCCAAGGAGAACAGAGAAUUCUUCAAUGACCUGGAUUUGCUCAUGGGGCCUGUCACCCUGCACAGCAGCAUGGAACAUCUGGUCCAAUACUCUCAGCAGGGCCUGCACUGGCUGCGGAACAGCACCCACCUCUCAUAGGGACCUUGCCCAUGAGCUGGAUUGUGCUCUCGUCUCCACAGAUGGCUCCAUGUGUCUGGACACUGUGCUACUGAAGUCCCCGGCCACAGCAUUUCCCAAACUGCGGUGAAUAUUUCCUCAGCAUCGAACAAUGGUCUUUUCCCAGGGCGUGUGUGUUGGUACGUGUGUGUGGGUGUUGAAGAAUAUGCCUGUGUGUGUGUAAGAUACACAGCUCUUGAGAACACGUUUUCUUUGUCUAGUUUCCGUAAUCCCAAACUAGGCAAAGUGAGCAGAGGUUUCUGAUUAGAGAAUAUACACUUACACACACACAUGCACACAAAAUCACACACACACUUUCUGUUUCAAAGCUAAACCAUGACUUCUAGAACAUUCAACCAAAAUCUCAUGGGUUAGUUAACCAGGUGCAAGACAGCACACCAAAAGCUUGACUGCCAGUAAGAUGAACCUAGUUCUUACAUUGUUGAUUACUUUCAGUAUUAAUGUACUAUUCCCCCAAUUAAUUUUAAUUGUGUGUAUUUAUGGGUAAUUGAAUAAUGAAAAGAAGUCAGUUAUUUUUGUGCCUGACGUUUACUAGAUUGCAUGUGACCAAAUACCUUGCUUUUAGUCUACUCCCCACCCCUUCCAUCCAACUUAUUAUCACCUAAAGGCAUCAUGAGCAAAUGGAUCAAAUCCCACAGGCCUGCCCUGCCCUGCCCUCAAAAGCAUAUGUACAUGGCACUGGGAUCUGGCAAAAAGUCAGUGUCUUUGAAAGCUAACUGACACGAAAAGACAGCUGUACUCGGAGCUCAGUCAAGAGUUGCAAACUUCUGCACGUGCCAUGACAAGCCCACCCAGCACAUGUGUUGUUUCUUCCUGCCACUGUGACACAGUGGCCACAGAGCCACAUGGCAUUCAUCAGUCAAUAUUUUUCAAGUCUUUCCCCUCUGCGAUAGCUCUCUUACAAAUGUUCUUGGCCAAAUUAGGACAUUUCCUAGAAUGUCUCUUCGCUAGGAGUCUGUAUCAGCUCCUUCUCAGGCUGAGAACCAUUCGCUAUCACGAGACUGAUCUUCUCACUCUUUGGGCAGAACGCAGUCCUUUAAUGCAUUUCAAUUUGGGGGCUGUGUUUCAGGCUUUGAUUAGCAAGCUGCUUACUGUGCAGGGUAAGUUAUUUUUGCAAAGACCGCUAAUCUGUUUGGGGUAGCAGCGACCACAGCAUCGUGCUUCCAUCCCGAGUGUCUGGUAUGUUUAUGUGUUGCCCUUGAUUCUUUUCUUUUCUUUUUUUUUAAAUGAAGUUUACAUUUUAGUUUUUUGACGUCUUGUUUACACUUUUUGUCUGAAACUUUAAUAGUCUCUUAUCGUGCCCUAGAUUUAGUCUUUUUGUUAAAUAUACUUGGAUAUAAAAAAUACUGGUAAAAAGAAAAAUUCCUACAAAAGAGCAUAGACCUUGCCAUAUCCUUAAAAACAAAAAUAAUGUCCUUGAAGCCUCUCACUUGACAGAAUUGCACCAGGAUGGUCUGAAAAAGACAGGUGCAUGCCGUAUGUGGAACACUCCGUUUUCCAAGGUGAUGGGGCACAAAACAUUUAUAAUAGAUAGUGAUAUAUGCCCCCCCUGAUGCUCUUACUGGUUUGGUUGUAAUAGUCAUAUUUUUGUCACCUGACCUGUAGGUGGGAAAUAAGACUGCUGUAAUUCUAAGCACUGAUUCAAAAUGAUGGAGCAACUUUGGUGAUCUCAAAUGAAUCGAAAGUAAAGGGUUCGAAGGGAAAUGAAGCUGGUGAAAUAUUUGUAAAAUUUGUAUUUGGCUUCAGCCCUGAAGCAGCUAGAAAUACUCCCAAUAUUUCUGUUUUACUUUUAUCUGAGGUGUUCCUCACAUCUCUUUCACUAGUUGUUGGCAGAGUUCAUGAUCCCCUCCUAUGUUGGAAAUUUGAGUCUAAUUUAGGAAAUUUUGGACUUUUUGUGUUUUUUGUUUUUUGGAGGACCAAGGCUUAUUUCUACUUCCUCUUGCUGAAUUCGGAUGAAAAGUUGAAACUCUCACAUAAAGGGAUGAUGAACCUCAAGGUCCGCAUCAUGUGUCCCCGGGGCGCUUUCUGGCCCUGCCCAUCCUUAAAGUCACAGCUCUUACGGGAGCCCCAUGAUGUGCUUACCCACAAAACCCCAGGGUAAACACACCAGUGGCCCCUGGCUGAUUGUGCCCACAGCAUUUUAAGCACUUAGGUGGCCCAUGUUUCCCAGCAAAACUUGGAACUGGUUAUUUUGGGAAUGGUCAGAACAUCUAGGUCCCUCCCUGUCUUUGAUCUCAUCAACAGACCAUGUGAGGACAGCAGUUUUUGUUUGCUUUAGCGUAGGUGAUUUUGGUAAGGAACCAUCUUCUGGUUGUUGUUUGUGAAAGUCAUUCAUAACUUGUUCCUUUUAUUUAGCUUUGUUCAAAGUAGGAAUACCUUUCUUGUGUUUUUGGAUUAUAAAACUAAUACAUGCUAGUUGUAAAGAUUCAAACGAAGACAGCAAUGUAUAAAGUAGAAAGUAGUAUGUCCCAUCCCCCGAAGACAACCACUGCUCACAGUUAUUCAUGUAGAUUCUUCUAGAGAUUCUCCCAUUUAAACAUAUAAUAUCUGUUAUCGUUUUUUUCUAUUUGAAGACACAUUAUUUCCUCAGAAGCCCAACACAAGUUCAGCUGACCUUACCCUUCCUUGACCUGAGUGGAUGCCUUCCUUUAUCACAAUAUUAGAGUUACCUUUGAAAGAAAGUUACCCAAAUACAUUCCUAAUCAAAAUCUGGAAUUUGUUACUAUUCUCUAUACAGAUCAGACUUAUGUGCAGGAUUGUGCCUGGAAAGAAAGGCUUGGUUAAAACACAUAUUUCUGGAAACAUUCAAAUUGCAAAUGGAAACUCGGACCCACUAUCUAAAGAAGAAUGUACUGGAAAAAUAAUCUGAAGAGUUGACAAAUUGUGUACUAGAUUGAACACAUGGAAUGCAAUGCAAUGAGAUUUUCUGCACUAAAACUUAUCCUAGUAUGUAAAACAAUGAUGUGUGUAUUAUAUAACAGUGAUAUGUACAUUUCUGACAUCCCAUACAUAAUAUACACAGUUUGUAUAAAUGCAUACAUUUAAAAAUAUAUAUGUACAAUACAGCUAACAUAAAACUGUAGUAUGCCUGAAGGAUAUUACUAGUGCCUAAUAUUGAGUAUAAGUCACUGCGUGUUCACAUCACCUUGGAAGUGCAGUAAUUGUUACAAAAUUAAUCAGUGCAGCCAACAUUAUUUAUGAAUCACAUCUUUGAAACUGUGCAGUAGUAUAUACAUAUAUAUUUUUAAAUAACAUUUUUCACAGUUUUCCAGAGUUACUGUUGAAAUCUGUAUCACCAAAAAAAAAAAAAAAGCAAGAUUUUUUUAAUGAUGUAGACACUCUUCAGACCCAGUAAUCUGUGUGUGAUUUCCUGUUUGUAGAUACCCAAGAGACUUUAGCAGUCACCAGCCUUAAUGCAUGUACAGGAUAUUAUUGUGACUUAAUUUAUCUGCAGUUUUUAAUCCAUGUGAAAUUGGAAUUUAUAAACUGACCUGGAUUAAAUAUGUCUGCCUUUCUAAGGUUGCAAAUGUUACAUUAAAUGAUUUAUGUUGUAAAUGA